AUGUCCUCUGAUUCUGCCGAAAAAACCGCAGCAUCAAAGAGAUUCUCUUUUCAGACAGGAGCAAAGCCACAAGACACCGAGGCUUUACCAUGCCCCCGUUGCGACUCCAUUAACACAAAGUUCUGUUACUACAACAACUACAACCUCGCUCAGCCGCGUCACUUCUGCAAGGCCUGCCGUCGUUACUGGACUCGCGGCGGCACUCUCCGCAACGUCCCCGUCGGCGGCGGCACCCGCAAGUCCUCUUCUGUUAAACGAUCGCGCAAUGGCUCAACUCCCGUCGUGUCAGCCCCUCAGGAGGUGGUGCAAGAGAUGGCUGUGAUGAAUCCUUGUGAGCUGAACUUGAAUCAGGCUGUUUGUGUGGAUGAUCCGAUGGGUGGGCUUAACUGUGAGUUUGGGCUUGGUGGUGGUGGGCUCGGGUUCGAUGUGGCUCCCUGGGAGUGGUCCAUUGGAGGGGAAGUCGGUGGAGAAAUUGAUCAAAGUGUGUGCGCUAGUACUACUAGUGGUGGUGAAUUGGUGGGUCCGGGUGGUGGGUGCAACACGUGGCAAGUUGAGGGGGGGUUGGGUGAGGGGGAGUACUAUUGCUGGUCUGAUCUUGCUAUGUCUACUCCUGGAAAUGGUGUCAAAUAG